AUGUUUUUAUUUGGAUUGCGUAAAUUGUUUAAUUCACGAAUAAGUAAAAGAUGCUUUUCUACGUGUAGUUUUCUUUCAAAAAAAGGGUGUAUUAAAAAAUCAGAUAAUCAAUGGAGAUCUUUAUCAAGUCUAAAUAUAGAACCUCAACAAGAAAGAAAACAAAAGAUAAGUAAAUUUCGUUAUAUUUGUAGUGGUGUAUUCUUUUUGGGAAUAUCUGGUAUUGCGUAUUCUUUUUUUACAGCUGAUCAGCGACAAAUUAAAGAUCGCAAACAUUAUUAUUCUGAUUGGAAAAUAAAAUUGUAUUCCUCAUUACCAUGGAAUAUAGUAAGCUCUAGUUUUGGAAGUCUUUCACGUACCACACUUCCGGUAUUUCUUCGUAAAUAUGUUAUCGGUUCUUAUGCUUAUAUUUAUGGUUGUCGUAUGGAUGAAGCUGUUGAAGAAGAUUUUAAAGCAUAUUCUUCUCUGUCAGAGUUUUUCAAUAGAGAUUUAAAAGAUUCUGUUAGGCCAAUUUCCAAAUGUACUCUUGUUUCUCCUUCUGAUGGAAAAGUUUUGUGUUAUGGGGAAAUUACAAACGGAAAAGUUGAAUAUGUAAAGUCACAUGAUUAUGAUAUAACAGAUUUUCUUGGUCCAAUAACAUUUACCCCUAACGAAAAUACUAAAUUAUAUCAAAUGGUUAUUUAUUUAGCACCGGGAGAUUAUCAUGCAUUUCAUUCUCCUGCUAAUUGGAAAUGUACAGAACAAAUUUGGCAUCCUGGUCAUCUUCUUUCUGUAAAUCCUUCUGUAUUAUCUUGGAUUCCUCAUCUUUUUUGUAUGAAUGAAAGAGUAGUUAUGUCUGGAACCUGGAAACAUGGUUAUUUUUCUAUGACCGCUGUUGCGGCAACAAAUGUUGGUGAUAUUCACUUAGUAAAUUUCAAUGAAAAAAGAUUAAAAAGAAAAGACAGAGAGCAUGUUCCAUGUUGUAAAGAGUAUACAUCUGGAGAAAAAGUUGGAGAAUUUAGAUUAGGUUCGACAAUUGUUCUUGUAUUUGAAGGUCCUUCUGAUUUAAAAUUUGCAGUUCAAGCUGGAGAUAACCUGAACUAUGGACAAAGUUUGUUUGUAACAAAUAUAUAA